AUGACGAACUCAAGCAAUCCGCAAGCCGAAAUCGAGGCCAUGAGGAAGCAGGCAACUGACAUCAAAGACGAAAUCAAACAGAAGCGGAGGGAAUGCAGAGAUACAACAAUGCAACAGGUUUGCAUCAACGUAGAUCCUCUUGGGAGGGUGCAGAUGCGAACUCGACGGACAUUGCGUGGCCAUCUCGCCAAAAUAUACGCCAUGCACUGGUCCACCGACUCUAGAAAUCUCGUCUCCGCUUCGCAAGAUGGAAAACUUAUCGUGUGGGACUCGUAUACGACUAAUAAAGUACACGCGAUUCCGUUGCGCUCCUCAUGGGUCAUGACUUGUGCCUAUGCGCCUUCUGCCAACUUCGUCGCCUGCGGUGGUCUUGACAACAUCUGUAGUAUUUACAACUUAAAAACCAAAGAAGGCACGGUGCGCGUCUCCCGUGAGCUUCCAGGUCACACCGGAUAUUUGUCCUGCUGCCGUUUCAUCGACGACUCUCAGAUUAUAACAUCUAGUGGUGACAUGACUUGUGGACUUUGGGACAUCGAAACAGGACAACAGACAACCGCCUUUGUUGGCCACACAGGAGAUGUCAUGUCCGUCGCGCUUAGCAACGAUCGUUUCACUUUUGUCUCGGGCGGUUGCGACGCCGCCGCCAAGCUUUGGGACGUUCGAACUGGCAGAUGCAUCCAGACCUUCACUGGCCACGAAUCGGACAUCAACGCUGUCGCCUACUUCCCCAACUACCAAUCCUUUGGAACUGGCUCUGACGAUGCUACCUGUCGACUGUUUGAUAUCCGCGCCGAUCAGGAGCUCCUCAUCUACAGUCAUGAAUCUAUCGUCUGUGGAAUCACCUCCGUCGCCUUCUCCAAGUCUGGCCGUCUCCUUCUCGCCGGUUACGACGACUUCAAUUGCAACGUGUGGGAUACCCUCAAGGGUGACCGCGCUGGUGUACUGGCUGGUCAUGACAAUAGAGUCAGCUGCCUCGGAGUUUCCGAAGACGGCAUGGCUGUUGGCACUGGUAGUUGGGACUCGUUCCUGAGGAUCUGGAACUAA